UAAUGAUGAGGCUACCGGACUGGCGUCGACAUCUCUAGGUGGUUAAGGUAGAAUAGUGGUUUGACACACUCACUCACUCGCUCAAACAAGUGUGGAUUGCUUUCAUUAUUGAGAAACACAAUGAAAUUCCUCUCCCUGCAAUUUUAAGCAGAAAAGGAGGUCUCUCUGUCUCUCUCUCUCGUCCUGACGAUAGCAUGGAUUGCCAGUGUGCCUUGGAUCUGUAUCCAUCCCAAUAUCGUUAGGCGUGCUGUAGCGUAUAUCAAGGGAGAUGAGACCUGCCUACGAGUUGGAUCGCGAUUGCUCAACCUCGGAUCAAUCACCAAGACCAAUGUCUCCCGUUUCCCAACGAGUGUCUCGUCCAUAUUUGAAUCCAAGGAACAGUUUCAGUAACUCGGAGGACGAACGGAAUUCUCCUCGGCCGAGAAGUAUGAUGUCAUCCUAUUCGAACGAAGGAGAUCCUGAGAGCUCGAUCCUGGUGUCGAAGAUCCCAAGCCGUCAACAAACAAAGCGUGUCACAAUCACGACUCGAUCCGAAUAUGGAAAUUACAGAGAAUCCCCACUAGCCACGAGCAGUUAUCGUGAAGACAUCCCAUCUCCAUUACCGAGCACUCGGCCCGCUAGCGCCAUGGAAUCGCCCACUAGCUUGCAUACCUUGGGAUUGGGUCCGGAAGUGCACCCAAAUGAUUUGGAGUCUAAUUUGAGGCGUCUAAAACCAAUCCAGGUCAUCUCAGCCUAUCUUGAGCUGAUGGAUCAUGUGAAACGAAUGGAACGGCAAGCUGAUCUUCGCGAGGAACUUUUGAGACGCAACCAAAAGCAGAUCGAGGCCAAGGACAAGAUUAUCAAGGAACGGGAUAUGCUAGUCCGAAAAAUGGAACGAGAUCUAGAACGCAUCGAUGAGGAACCGGAAUCGGUGUCCCUGGCUCCUUCAGACGCCUCAACGAUUGGGGCCGUGAGAUGUCGUUUCUUUUCAUCUGGAUGUCCUUACCGCUUGCCCAGUAUGGAGUUCCAUGAAGAUCGCGAAUGUAAAUUUCGUCCCACAAGAUGUCCCUCUUUAACUUGCCCAAUCAAACCGCCAUUCGCUAAACUUCUUGAACACGUUCAGGACGAUCAUAAUGGGAGCAAAAAAGGACGUGAUCGAAUUUGUCGGAAUAACUCUAACCAGCUCGUCUCUAGCUAUGUCAAUAUUGACAAAGAGCCCGUGUUCUAUAAGACUACUAGAAUGACAUGGGUGGCCAACGAACUGAUUUGUGACAGUUUUCAUUUCUUUUUGGAAUGCAUGAGAGUCCCGCCGGAUUGGCAUUUAUGGGUGUAUAUCAUUGGAUCGGAGAAAGAUGCCGAGAAGUAUCAGGCCACGAUUCAACUGUUUAGAGAGGAUGAGUACGGGCAGGUUGCUGAUCUUGGAUACUCGGCUCAAAGAAGCUAUACCGGCCAGGUAAUCUCCAUUCAUCGGUCUAAGGAGGAAAUUGCCGAAUUCAGUUUAGGAUUCAUGGUCCAUGACAAACAAAUUCGAUCUCUUUGUGGCACCAUCUCUAAUGCUGAGGAGCAACUGUUUGGAUACGAGGUAUCUGUGUACAGGAAAUGAUUGCCCAAUCACAAUGCACCAUGACAUGUCGAGAAAGUUCCGGGAUUAACAUGAUCAUGUGGGUUGGUCAAUCAUGGUGGACGUGUCAACCUAUCAAUGAAUGAUAAUACGAUGAAAGUUGAUCGGCACGAUAAAGCACUGCACACAAUAUAUAUACAUAUAUGUAUAUAUGGAAUGUUUGGAAAAGCGUCCAUUGGAAUUUUUAUAGAUAAUAUAAGAGAGUGAACUGAAUAAGAUGCAUUUCUCGGUU